AUGAAUCUGGCAAACUACUCUUUCUUCUCUGGCAUGUGCAACAUGACGGCGGAGACGCAGCACUCGCCAGCCGAGGCCAGUCCGGUGCUCCUCUCUCCUCAUGUGGUCCUGGACUCUCCUCCGGCUCUGAUGCUGCAGGUCCAGUCCAGGUCCAGGGACAAUGUUUUGAUCAAGUCUGAGCCCAGAGGGGCCAGCCCCAGCACCGAUGACGCGGGGUCCACGCUGGUGCAGGCGGAGGAGCACCUGCCCACCGGCAGCCGCAGGAGGAAGCGGCCGGUGCAGCGAGGGAAGCCGCCCUACAGUUACAUCGCCCUCAUCGCCAUGGCCAUCGCCAACUCCCCGGAGAGGAAGCUCACGCUUGGGGGCAUCUACAAGUUCAUUAUGGAGCGCUUCCCUUUCUACAGAGAAAACUCCAAGAAGUGGCAGAACUCCAUCCGCCACAACCUCACCCUCAACGACUGCUUCGUCAAGAUCCCGCGGGAGCCAGGGAGGCCCGGCAAGGGCAACUACUGGACCCUGGACCCCGCGGCCGAGGACAUGUUCGAUAACGGCAGCUUCCUGAGGAGAAGGAAGCGGUUCAAGCGGACGGAUGUCAGCACAUACCCCGGGUACAUGCAAAGCUCCAGCGCGUUCACACCGACCCCAGUGGGGAGGCCGGCAUACCCCAAUUCUCUGUACGCGGGGAUCGGCUCUGGCUACGGGUCCCAGCUGACCCCUGCGUCCCCACACCCGGCCAUGCUGCAUCACUAUCAGAACUCAGGGCCCGGGCAACCACGCAUGUUCAGUAUCGACAACAUAAUCAGCCCUCAGAUCCAGAGUCCCGGGGUGGACCUCUCCUCACAGGGACUCGGACUGGCCGCCGGUGACCUGGGCAAUAUGACCUCCAGCUGUUCGCUACCUGGCACCGAUCCGUCGGCGUGUUACCAAACCCAAACUGUCAACCCGCCGACCAACAUGCUGAGCAGAAGCAGCGGGAAUAUCCCCUCCAACCUCGCCCCGGGUUACCCCUACACAUCCCCCGCAUCUCCCCCCAUGAGCCAGCCCGGGUUUUCCCCGAGCGGCUCUCAGGUGUACUGCUCCACCAACCGGCUCUCGCUGCCGGCGCUGCGGCCCGGCUCCUGCGCGGAGCACACGGAGCAGCUGCUGGGCCUGUCGAGCUCCAUCAACACCUACAACAACUCCUACAUGAGACAAGCGAACUUUGCCACCGGGCUGGAGCGGUACAUGUGA